AUGAAUGUGUUGAAAAGCACAAUUUUUAAAGCCCCUCAUGUUAGCAAAGGAGAUGAAGAUGGGCCCCAACCCAGUCAAGUCUCCGCUGUUGGUGCUAAUGCUUCACAGUAUGCCCCAGUUGGUAAUCCAAACCACAAUUACCAAUCCCAGGUGGCUGGGCAUAAUGGUUAUGGGGAUCAACUUGUUGACCCUGUUCAAAUCCCAAAGGUGGAACAAUCAAUGGUGCAUCAAGUUGACCCUGCUAAUGCAAACAAGGUCACCCCACCCUUACUGAGAGGAACAGUUCCUGAAUCUUCAUCUGCAAGGGCACACUUUGCAAAUCCAUUUGUCAACAUGAACAACCAGAACGCCAAACCAAUGCUUCCUUCAGCUGAUCAAUCUAAAGGUCUGAUUCCUCUGCAAAAUCAGACACAAAACUUGCUGAUGGGAAGGGAUCUGAGGAGAGAAGUGUCAAUGGAAGCAGCAAAGAAUUUCAAAGUCGGAGAGGGACGAGCUGAACGAUCAUGGGAUGCUGGAGAAGGUCCAUCUGCUAAACGUCUGAAGCACAUAAAUUCACCACCAAAGGAAGGACCCAACCAAGGGCCUGCACCCCAGGAGGCAAACAAUGCACCUGAAAAUCCAAAGCUUCUGGAUCUGAUCAAUAACACUGGAAACAAUGGAGGAUUUGUAAGUAAUUCUCUCUAUGACCCAGCAUUUGAGACUCUUGGCCUGGCAGUUGACCCUCAUAUCAGAUUGUUUGAAGCAUUGGCUGGUUUUGACAAGAAUCUUGCUGUUCUUGAUGCAGCUCGCGGGGAGAAGGGGUAUCGCAUGUUCGAUUGA